AAUCAGAUAAAAAAAAUCACAAUGGUUGAGUAAAAACACUUCCCCAAACUAGAUGUUGCAAGAUUGUUAAUAUGUUAUAAUAUUGUGUAGUUUACAGUUUUACAAAAAGAAGAAGCUGUAUUAAAAUUUUCUGUCAGUUGUUGCGAAUCUUGACUUUUUACGAUCUUUGUUGCGGAGUGAAAUGGGCGGAGUCUAGUGGGCGCAAAAUCAAGAUGGCCACCUUCAAUGAAAGGAUGGCACCUGUCUUGGUACUCUGGCUGGCUGUGUGCCUCUGUGGGACAUUGGCUGUGGACAAGGGAAACUUCAAGACAUGUGACCAGAGUGCCUUCUGCAAGCGCCAGCGGGCACUGAAGCCUGGUGAGUCUCCCUAUCGAGCCCUACUGGAGACCAUGGAGCUGACUAACUCGAGACUCACCCUGCAGCUCAUCAAUGACAACAAUAAGGUGCGUUUGCUGCUUGAGCUCUACCGCCUCCAGGGGAACAUAACAAGAGUGAAGAUUAAUGAGCUGAAGCCUCUGAAGCCUCGCUAUGAGGUCCCAGAUGUGCUCAUCAGAGAGCCACAUACUGAGCCCCUCUCUGUCUUGUCUCAAGACGAGAACGGGGUGGUGCUGUCCCUGGGGGCCGAGUCACAGAGGGUCAUUGUCAGCGCCCAGCCCUUUCGACUGGACAUCAUGGAGGGACAUGAUGUGCUGAUGUCACUGAACUCGCGUGGCUUACUGGCUUUUGAGCACCUGAGGAUGCGCAAGGACACUUUCUCCUAUAAAGUAACUAGCACAGUGGCUAGCCUGUGGGAUAAUAUCAAGAGUGUAUUCUCUAGUCAGGCAGAUCCAGAUGGUGAGAAGAAAGAGGAAGCUGAGCCGGCAGACCAGGCAGAGAUAAUAAAAGAAGAGGAAGAGAAAGAAGAUGGGAUGUGGGAGGAAACAUUUAAAUCAUACACAGACAGCAAACCUAAUGGUCCUUCUGCUGUUAGUUUAGACUUUUCAUUGCCAGGGGUAGAGCAUGUAUAUGGCAUCCCAGAACAUGCAGAUACACUCAGGCUCAAAACAACAGAUAAUGGAGAUCCGUAUCGGCUUUAUAACCUGGAUGUGUUCCAGUAUGAGCUGUAUAACCCUAUGGCCCUGUACGGAGCUGUCCCAGUUAUGUUGGCUCACAGCGCCCAGCGGACCACAGGCAUCUUCUGGCUCAAUGCUGCAGAAACCUGGGUGGACAUCAGCUCCAACACAGCUGGAAAGACGGUGUUUGGUAAAAUGCUGGAUUAUGUUCAGGGCUCCAGUGAGACGCCACAGACAGAUGUGCGUUGGAUCUCUGAAAGUGGCAUCAUUGAUGUCUUCAUUAUGCUUGGACCAACGCCCAAAGAUGUCUUCUCUCAGUAUGCCUCCCUAACUGGCACCCAGUCCUUCCCUCCUUUGGCUUCCCUGGGCUACCAUCAGUGCCGCUGGAACUACAAUGACCAGGAAGACGUGCAGGCAGUGGAUGCGGGUUUUGACGAGCAUGACAUUCCGUAUGACUUCAUCUGGCUCGAUAUUGAGCACACAGAUGGGAAGCGCUACUUCACCUGGGAACCACACAAGUUCGCAACACCAAAAGAGAUGCUGCAGGGCCUCAUGGACAAGAAACGCAAGAUGGUGGCCAUUGUGGACCCUCAUAUCAAAGUAGACACCAACUAUAAGAUCCAUAAUGAAAUCCGCUCUCGGGGAUUCUACAUAAAGAAUAAAGAUGGUGGAGACUAUGAGGGCUGGUGCUGGCCUGGUAAUGCCGGCUAUCCAGACUUCACACGAGCAGAUAUGAGGGCCUGGUGGGCCAGCAUGUUCUCUUACGACCAGUACGAGGGCUCCAUGAUGAACCUGUAUACAUGGAAUGACAUGAAUGAGCCAUCAGUCUUCAAUGGGCCAGAGGUCACAAUGCACAAGGAUGCAGUGCAUGGAGCCUGGGAGCACCGUGAUGUGCACAACAUCUAUGGCUUCUAUGUGCAAAUGGCUACAGCGGAGGGUCAGAUCCAGAGGUCAGGAGGAACCGAGCGACCAUUUGUGCUGACCAGAGCCUUCUUUGCUGGGUCACAGCGCUACGGUGCUGUGUGGACAGGAGACAAUGCUGCUGAAUGGGACCAUCUGAAGAUCUCUAUCCCCAUGUGUCUGAGCCUGGGUCUGGUUGGAAUCUCCUUCUGUGGUGCUGAUGUUGGCGGUUUUUUCAAAACUCCGAGCACUGAGUUGCUGGUGCGUUGGUACCAGACGGGGGCCUACCAGCCGUUUUUCAGGGCCCACGCCCACCUGGACACACCCCGCCGUGAGCCCUGGCUGUUUGGUCCAGAAAACACAGCGCUGAUCCGUGAAGUGGUGCGCCAGCGCUACACCCUCCUGCCCUAUUGGUACCUGCAGUUCUACCAGGCAUACCUCACCGCACAGCCGGUCAUGAGACCACUGUGGGUGGAGUAUCCUCAGGAUCCUGCUACUUUCGCCGUGGAUGAUGAGUUCUUGAUUGGGAGAGACUUGCUGGUGCACCCAGUUACAGAGGAGGGAGCCAGGGGAGUUACCGCCUACCUGCCUGGCAAAAAUGAGGUUUGGUUUGAUGUCAACACCUUCCAGAAGCACAACGGGGCCCAAAACCUUUACAUCCCUGUCACCAUGAGUUCUGUCCCUGUCUUCCAGCGUGGUGGCUCCAUUAUUCCCAGAAAGCUUAGAGUUCGCAGGUCCUCCUCUUGCAUGGAGCAUGAUCCCUACACUCUGUAUGUGGCUCUUAAUCCCCAGAGAACUGCAGAGGGUGAGCUCUACAUAGAUGAUGGCCACACCUUCAACUAUGAAAAGAAGGAGUUCAUCCACAGGAGGCUGUCCUUCGCUAACAACAUCCUCUCUUCUGUUAAUCUCGCUCCAGAUGCCCAGUUUAUUACCCACUCCUGGAUCGAACGCAUUGUCUUACUUGGAGCCAGUAAGCCGAGAAAGGUUACCCUUAAGACUGCUGAUGGUCAGGAGAGCCAGCUAGAGUUUGAGUUUGACGCCUCCAUGUCUGUGUUGACACUCCGCAAGCCCGGCAUGAACGCAGGGGCCGACUGGACCGUGACACUACAGUAACCAGUGAGAUCAGAGAGGAGGGGGAGGAAGAGAAAAUGACUAAACAGGAGACAGAAUAGACAUAAGGCACUGACACCCAGGAAUUUACUAAAGCAAGUUGACAGCAUAGGCAAAAUGGAAGAUAGACACAACAAUGACUACAGAGUUGUCUUCCCUGCAAACACACAAAAACCCAUGUAGACCUGUAGAUCUCUGCCAUGACUCUUGUGUUCGGUCGCAGUAUAAUACCUAACAAAUGUGAUUACUACUAGAUUGAUCAUUGUCAUGUUUUUCCAGAUAUAUAACAACUAAGUAACUCAAAUCAUUGUAAUGAAUCUUUGGGAUUAAGAAAGAAAACUUGUUUUUCCACCCAGUCUGCCUCAGAAGAAAAACCACAGUUUAAAAUGAAGAUUCAUAUUUAACGCACAUGCUCCACCUGCUGGUAAUUCCCUCUGUUUUUGACUUGAUACAAAAAUCCAUUUCUUCUCUGUUAUGAAGCCAAGCACUUCAGUGAGCUAGGAGCUUGACCUUCUUUACUUGUUCCACAUUUCACAUAUUUAGUGAAGGCUUGCCAACUGUCUUCGUUGCGGUUCUACAUUAAGCUUUCUUCCUGCAGUUCUUAAUUUUCCUGAGUCCACAAAAUGUAAGGAAUUAACAUCUUUCUUAUCAAUCCUGGCCAGUUUCUUGUGUAGCCUCUCCCUGAAUUCCUCAGUGGUGAAUUUGUGUUCAUGGAAACGAUUCAUUAUCAUUUCAUUAUGGAAGUGAUCAGGUUGUUCAGCUGUUGCAGAGGGGAUAUUCAGCUCUUCUGAACAAACUUGGCAGUGGCAUCACUUCAGGGGACCGAACCACUUUUGUGGGUUACCCUGUUGACUAGUUUCCUUUGUUUUGAGUUAUUUUUCAAACUUUUACUAGAUUAUUUUAAUGCACUUGAAGAAUGCGAACUUUAAAGUUUAGAUUUUCUUGUGUUUGUAGAUGCCAGGGUAUUCAGUGUUUCAUUUGGCUCUUUAAUGAAUAGUAAAUAUUCAUUUAAAUCCUUUGGAUCUACACAAAAAUCACUGUACACGUCAAAUCAUUCACUGGAGAAUCUGCUUUAUGUCCUGUCUAGAUAAAUCAUCUAACCUUUUAGGGGUUUUGUUGUAUGUCUGCUGUUUUUUAUGAUCAUAAAAUGUACAUGUUGCUGCAAUUCUGUUGGAGAUGGCUUGAUCUGGUGGAAAUGGAAGUGAAGGAACUCUUCAGCUGUCAAAGUUGGCAGAUGUACUCUAAAAUAUGAGACCAAGUGAAAAUAAACUUGACCAAAUGUAAAAAAAA